AUGGCAAAUAACGCAAGUUGUUGUAACCGUGAACUUGGCCCUGAUGCGGCGCAAACUAGAACGAGUGAGCGACAAAAUCUACGCAGGGCUAUUAAGCGCGCUGCUAAGGCGCAACGCCGACUUCACAAAGCUAUUUAUAGUGCGCAAACGUUUGGGGAGGGGGCCAACACGAGUUCAAGCUCCAGUGAAAGUGAUGGCGAGGAGACAGAAUGUAGAGGACGUCGCAGUGCAGGCGAAGGUGGCAGAUCGCGUUUCAUUCCCUAUCCUCAGGGUCCCUGGACUAGGCGUCAUGGCAUGCACGGUGCUCAUGGACCGUGGGCUUCAAUGCGCGGAUUUCCAUCAGGUAGGCAUAUGAUGGGUUUUCCUGGUUUCGGUGCCGGUUUUCCAGGUAUGAGGUCGCACGGUGUGGGUCCUCAUCCGCAUCCACACCUACAUCACCAUCAUCAUGGUCAUGGUCAUCAUCAUCAUCACCGUGGCGCUUUUGGUGAUUUUCAUUUGUUUGGCGGACAUGGCGGUCAUUGUGGACGUAGUGGCAAGAGUGGCCAUGGACAUGGUAAUUUUGGCAGAAAUUUUUCCCACUUUGGUGGUGUGGGUCAUCGCAGCGGACGUCGCGAGAGGGCACAAAGUGUGCCUAGAUUCUGA